AUGGAGCCAAACAGAGGAACUGAGCUCUGUUUUCCACACCUCUUUAAUGCGUCCUGUACAAAGACAGUGCGUCCUUACUUUACAAGUAUUCUCAUUUACAUUGUGCUGUCCUGCAUCGCUCUGUUCACCACAGCUCUCAACCUGUUGGUUAUCAUCUCUAUUUCCCACUACAAGCAGCUUCAAACCCCCACCAACCUCCUCCUCCUCUCUCUGGCUGUCUCUGAUUUCUUUGUGGGUCUGCUCAUGUCCUUUCAGAUUGCCUUUAUAGAUGGAUGCUGGUAUCUUAGUGAUCUAACAUGUAUUAUUACUUAUGUUUUAGAUUACAUUAUUACAUCUGCUUCUAUAGGAACAAUGGUUCUCAUAUCAAUUGACCGUUAUGUGGCCAUAUGUGACCCUCUGCAUUAUUCAACUAAAGUCAGUCCAAAAAGAGUUAAACUAUGUGUUUUUCUGUGUUGGCUCUGUUCUGUACUCAGUCACAGUUCACGCCUUAAGGAUAACCUGGAAGAACCAGGCCGGUAUAACUCCUGCAUUGGAGAGUGUGUAGUUGUUAUUAAUUAUGUUGCAGGAAUUGUUGAUCUUAUUUUGUCUUUUCUUGGUCCUUUUACUGUUAUUAUUUUUUUGUACAUGAGGGUAUUUGUGGUGGUUGUGUCUCAGGUCCGUGCCAUGCGAUCACAUGUUGCAUCUGUCAAAGUCCAGGGUUCACUGAGGGGAAUUAUCAAGAAAUCUGAGCUGAAAGCAGCCAGGACUCUGGGUGUUGUUGUACUUGUGUUUCUAAUAUGUGUCUGUCCAUAUUUCUUUGUCAUCAUCACAGGCCAGGACACCUUACUCAGUCCUUCAUCUGCAGCUUUUGUGAUAUACCUUUUCUAUUUUAACUCCUGUCUAAACCCUGUGAUCUAUACAUAUUUUUAUCCCUGGCUCAGAAAAUGUCUUAGACUCAUUUUUUCACUUCAGAUUCUGCAGCCUGGCUCCAGUCAGAUCAGUAUACUGUAG